AUGGUGCUUCUGUUGGAACAGUCUGAGGGAAGUAUAUACAACAUGAGUUUUAUCAUGAAGCUGCACAGACACUUUCAAAGGACUGUGAUUCUGCUUGCCACGUUCUGUAUGGUGAGCAUUAUUAUUUCUGCUUACUACCUGUACAGUGGCUACAAACAGGAAAAUGAACUGUCUGAGAUGGCUUCGGAAGUAGACUGUGGGGACUUCCAGCACCUACCUUACAGGCUGAUGGAAGUGAAGACGAUGAAGCUUUCUGACGCCUCGAGGACGGACCCCACAGUCCUGGUGUUUGUAGAAAGCCAGUACUCAUCACUUGGUCAAGACAUCAUUAUGAUUCUAGAAUCCAGUAGAUUCCAGUAUCACAUUGAAAUCGCUCCUGGAAAAGGGGAUGUCCCAGCACUUAUAGAAAAAACUAGAGGCAAAUAUAUUCUCAUUAUUUAUGAGAAUAUUUUAAAGUAUAUAAAUAUGGACUCUUGGAAUCGAAGCCUUUUAGAUAAAUACUGUGUUGAAUUUGGCGUGGGUGUCAUUGGAUUCCACAAAACUAGUGAGAAGAGCCUACAGAGCUUUCAGUGGAAAGGUUUCCCUUUUUCUGCCUAUGGAAACCUUGCAGUAAAAGAUUGUUGUAUUAACCCUCAUUCUCCAUUGCUUCAUGUGACCAAAUCUUCUAAGCUUGAAAAAGGUUCUUUACCUGGAACUGACUGGACCGUUUUCCAGAUUAAUCACUCAGCCUACCAACCAGUAAUAUUUGCCAAAGUAAAGACCCCAGAAAACCUUUCUCCUCCCGUCUCUAAAGGUGCUUUUUAUGCUACUGUCAUACACGACCUGGGGCUCCAUGAUGGAAUUCAAAGAGUUCUUUUUGGCAACAACUUGAACUUUUGGUUGCACAAGCUUAUCUUCAUAGAUGCGGUUUCCUUCUUGUCAGGGAAGAGGCUCACGUUGUCCUUGGACAGGUAUAUUCUCGUGGAUAUUGAUGAUAUUUUUGUGGGAAAGGAAGGAACAAGAAUGAACACCAAUGAUGUUAAGGCCCUGCUUGAUACUCAGAAUCUUUUGCGUGCACAAAUCACAAAUUUUACAUUCAACCUGGGAUUUUCUGGGAAAUUUUACCAUACAGGAACUGAAGAGGAAGAUGAAGGGGAUGACCGUCUUUUGGGGUCUGUGGAUGAGUUCUGGUGGUUUCCACAUAUGUGGAGCCAUAUGCAGCCCCACCUCUUCCACAAUGAGUCAUCUUUGGUGGAGCAGAUGAUUCUCAACAAAAAGUUUGCCUUAGAGCACGGCAUUCCUACUGACAUGGGCUACGCAGUGGCCCCUCACCAUUCGGGCGUCUACCCUGUUCACGUUCAGCUAUACGAGGCCUGGAAGAAGGUUUGGAAUAUUAGAAUCACCAGCACUGAAGAAUAUCCACACCUGAAACCAGCCAGAUACCGGAGGGGCUUCAUCCACAAAAACAUCAUGGUUCUUCCAAGACAAACCUGUGGGCUUUUCACUCACACAAUUUUCUAUAAAGAAUAUCCAGGAGGUCCUAAAGAGCUGGACAAGAGUAUCCAAGGAGGUGAACUUUUCUUCACUGUGGUCCUCAACCCAAUCAGCAUUUUCAUGACCCAUUUGUCUAACUAUGGGAAUGACCGACUGGGAUUAUACACAUUUGUCAAUCUUGCCAACUUCGUGCAGAGCUGGACCAACUUGCGACUUCAGACUCUGCCUCCAGUGCAGCUGGCUCACAAAUAUUUUGAGCUCUUUCCUGAUCAAAAAGACCCUCUCUGGCAGAAUCCUUGUGAUGAUAAACGCCACAGAGACAUUUGGUCUAAAGAAAAAACCUGUGAUCGCUUACCAAAAUUCUUGGUAAUAGGACCCCAGAAAACUGGAACCACUGCUUUGUAUUUGUUCCUGGUUAUGCAUCCUUCCAUCCUUAGUAACUCCCCCAGCCCAAAAACCUUUGAGGAGGUACAGUUCUUUAAUAGAAAUAACUACCACAGGGGGAUUGAUUGGUAUAUGGAUUUCUUCCCAGUCCCAUCUAAUGUUACCACUGACUUUCUGUUUGAGAAGAGCGCCAAUUACUUCCAUUCAGAGGAAGCGCCUAAAAGAGCAGCUUCUCUGGUUCCCAAAGCCAAGAUCAUCACCAUUCUCAUUGACCCAUCAGACCGAGCAUAUUCCUGGUACCAGCAUCAGCGAUCACAUGAAGACCCCGCAGCUCUGAAGUUCAGCUUUUACGAAGUGAUCUCAGCCGGACCCCGUGCACCCUCCGAGCUUAGAGCCUUGCAGAAAAGAUGUUUGGUCCCAGGGUGGUAUGCCAGCCACAUCGAGAGAUGGCUUGUUUAUUUCCCUCCUUUUCAGUUGCUAAUUAUUGAUGGGCAGCAGCUAAGAACUGAUCCUGCUACAGUGAUGGAUGAAGUACAGAAGUUUCUAGGAGUCUCUCCUCAUUAUAAUUACUCAGAAGCUUUAACGUUUGAUUCCCAUAAAGGUUUCUGGUGUCAGUUACUGGAAGAAGGUAAAACAAAAUGCCUUGGAAAGAGUAAAGGAAGAAAAUACCCUCCAAUGGAUCCUGAUAGCAGGGCAUUUCUAUCCAGCUACUACCGGGACCACAACGUGGAACUCUCCAAGCUGCUGCACAGACUGGGGCAGCCUUUGCCGUCCUGGCUGAGACAGGAGCUGCAGAAAGUGAGAUAG